AUGCUACGGGACCGUAUUAUGCGUGAAAUGAGGCAUCACGCCGCCAAUGCUGCCCCAUUUCUGCUGCUCGCUGGGUUGUUUCUGAUUGUUGCCCUUCCAGCGGUAAAACCGAGGCACAACUUUGUUGAUGAAAGUGCCGUCAAUAUUGGGAGAAUUCCGAUCUUGAUUACGAGCUCGGACGUGACCCAUCGCGAUGCCACGAUACACCAGUAUCACCGUGUUGUUCGCGGCCACCGUUCUGUGGGGUCGGAAACUAUUGCCGUUUACGUCAAUGCUGCAGAGAGGUCAUCAGUGAUACUGGCAAACCUUAUAAUACUUGCUCUACAAAGGAGAGAGAAUAUGGCCUGUGAUACACAUAUUUACUUUGUCAAUGAAAGUACGUCACAUUGGCCUAUCCCUGACACCUUUGUUCGUGCAGCUCUGUUUAUCAAUGUUUCCUCUUUAAAUACACAUAACCUGUGCUUUGGUGUGUAUGGUAAGAAUGGAAUGCAACCCAAUCAGGAUCUCUUGAAUGUCGCGGUCACGAUAGCCCAAGAGUGGUUUUUGCACGUGGAUCUUCUUUGCCAGCAUCCGCACAUUUCAUAUUCUGCGACACGUUCAAAGUAUGAACAUUAUUUUGCUGCACUACAAACAGCUUUACUUGCUCCGCAACGACCUCAACCAUGGUAUUCGUUUAGGACACAUGGCAUAAGUUUGUUGGCUAUUGGAACGGACAAAUCUAAUGGGUUAUAUGACGCUUCAGUUGCAUACCGCGUUGCCGCACUACAUGAUCAACUUAUUGGGACAUUGAGUUAUCUGGACGAACGCUUUCACCACUCUACAUCUGUAUGGGUGCCUCUGAGUGCCACUGAGUAUGUGGAGUAUGAUAUUGCACAGUUUGGUAUUAUUUUGCUUGUGGCAUCACUGCUCUCAGUGGGAUAUUCCAUUUAUGAGGUGGAGGGUCUGUCUCUCUCUCCAUGCGUUGCGUUGAUUUUGGUGGCACCUUUUCUUGCCUUAAAUGCAACCAAGUUGUUUGGACAUUGGGGAAUGGUUUUGUGUAGCGGCUUGUUUGUGAUUGCGUGGAGCGCGUGUAGUUGGGACUUGUCUUGGUUGACAGUAAAUGCCAUCAUGUUGUGUCUUCUUAUAAUGCUUCAGCCUGGGGCAGGUCUUCUUGUCGGUUCUGGAGUUUCUGUGCAGCUUGCUUUUCUUCACGUGAAAUUUCAGAGGCCCCUUACGCUAUUGCUGGGUACACUCGCUUCAUGGGCUGUGUUUCACUUCUGUGUAGGGGUGCUCAACAUCCAGCAUGAUGACAUGGACACAAUAGGGGGUAUUUAUCUCUUUUUUUUCGUGUACCCAAACGCACUCUGGGUGUCGAGCCGCUUGGUCAGGUGUGUUUUGUCACGGUUGCGGCAUCAAUGGAUCUCGGCGUAG